UCUUCGUAACUGCAUAUCAUCAUCGCAUCGGGGUGCGAGAAACGCAGGAUUUCCUGUGCUAUUGCUGAAGUGGAUACAUCCUAGUUUUAGAUUCGAAGAAGUACCCUAGCCCAUUUUAAGCUCCAUCGAUUUAAUGUCUUAAUCAAAACCUUCUCAUCUGCACGUGCCUUAGACUACACCUCGACGUAGUUAGUCUGAACGAAGUCAUCAAAGAUGUCCGAAGCCACGGUGGCCGACACUCGCCGGUUAAACUCUAAACCGCAGGACCUGACGGACGCUUACGGCCCUCCCAGCAACUUUCUUGAAAUCGACGUGUUCGACCCGCAGACUAUAGGAGUCGGCCGCAAUCGCUUCACCACUUACGAAGUCCGGAUGAAGACAAAUCUUCCCAUUUUUAAACUGAAGGAGUCGUGUGUUAGACGAAGAUACAGCGACUUCGAGUGGCUGAAGAAUGAGCUGGAAAGAGACAGCAAGAUUGUUGUGCCUCCAUUGCCUGGAAAGGCACUGAAGAGACAGCUUCCCUUCCGCGGAGAUGAGGGCAUUUUUGAGGAGUCCUUCAUUGAGGAGAGACGAGCUGGGCUUGAACAGUUCAUCAACAGAAUUGCAGGUCAUCCUUUGGCCCAGAACGAACGCUGUCUUCACAUGUUCCUCCAGGAUGAAAGUAUUGACCGGAACUACAUUCCUGGAAAAGUUUUGGUAAACCCCCCUCCCUGUCCUGGACCCAACUGCUCUACCAGCUCUUUUCUGCACAUCAGUCAAAGCCUUUCACAGCUGCCGUCCAUGAUAUUCUGUAUGUAUUUCUAUUCUCAAAUAGAACUAGACUACAACACCUAUUUCACCCUGAGGAUGAACUCAUCGUAAUGCUGUGUUUAUACCUCAUGCACUCUUUUUGUGGAAAGACUCUGAUCUUAAAGCAAAUAUUGCUUUCUCUAAAAAUAGUGCUUUCUGUGUUUAUUCUGGUUAAAACUCAUGGCUUUAAGGAGAAUUAGAUCAGGCCUCCAGACACUCCUUGGAGUAUUCUUGAUUAAAAAUUUAAGACUUUAAUUAGAUGUAAAGCAAAAAGCUUCAGUUCUACAGAAAAUGAUAUCAUCUCAAGAAUUAAUGAAGUCACAACACAAAACCAGAGAACAAUUUUUAUCACCAAAUGUAGCACUUCAGAAGCUAAAACCGAGAUGGCCACUCGACAGCUUCUUCCUUUACAUUCCGUAUUUCAUUCACAUCAUUUUUACUUUGACUAAAUAUGUUAUAACAAGGCUUUUGCAACCAUUUUUAAAUGAAUUUUCGUUUUUUUUAGUGUCCGUGUAUAAGUAAAGCUUUGGGAUGUACGUAUUCAAUCACUGUGAAAAACAGAAUUCCAUUAUGACAAAAUGUCACGUUUGCUGUUACGUUUCUAUACGCCAUCUCUUAUAAUGAGUUAUGUCCUUUUCUGGCUCUUACUAUUCUGGUUAUUUCAGGACUAUGUGUAAAGAAAAUGGCACUAUUGAUUUUUAAACCGCCAUUCUUUCUACCUAUGAAUAAACCCUUCUCUGUCUCCUCCAA